AUGGUUGGGAUGACUGGUUUAAGAAACUCGUGGGUUUUAAAUCUUGAUAUUUUUUCUUUUUUUUUUUUUAUUUUUUUUUUUUUUUUAUUUUUAAAAAAUAUCUUAUUGUUGUGGCCAAUGAUGACGCAGAGGUUUUUUUUGAACCUAACAUUAACACAAUUGAUUUCUUUAACUAUCGUUAAAGUUUCUCUAGUUGAAGCAUUGGCAGUUUCAGUUUCAGCAAUUGUAGCUAUUUUACCAUGGAAAGAUUGGGGAAUAAUUUGGAGUGAUGGAACAUUAAUUUAUACUCCGAUUAUGUGUUUAAUGGUAACUAAUAAUGUAUCAUCAUUUACAAAUAUACAUUUAUCAAUUACAAUGUUAAUUGGUACAUUGAUAGCAUGUUUCUAUGCAUUCAUAAUUAUGUUAAUUACAAGGGACAUUGUUUGGAUAACAUUCUUUCCAACAUUUAUAUUCUAUUAUGUUAUUACAGCCACUUGUAAUAUACCAAAUAGAAAAUGGAUGACUGGUUUAUUUUUAAAAGUUUGUUUUCUAUACCUUUUCAUGACAUUGUAUUUCACAAAGAUUGAAAAUAUGAAUAAUGACAUUGUUGAAGAUAUUUAUAGUAUGCUAUUCGUAGUUGCAACAGUCAUAGUAUCGUCACUUGUUUUCCCAACAUUAGCAUCUCGUUUAAUUUUUGGAAAAGUUGUUAAAACUUUGAAUUCCACAAGAACUUAUUUCCUUUUAAUUGGUAAUUUAUUUGAAGAAAAGUUAGGUAAAACUAGUGGUAAGAUUAAUAAUCAAAUUUUCACAAAUACAUUCCAACAAUUAAUAAAAGAACAACAAGAUAAACAAAAUUCAAAAUCAAAUGUAAUACCUGAAAAACCAAUGUUAAACUUUUCCUUAAAAUCUCAAUUAAAUCCAACUCAAGAAAUUCCAAUGAAUAUAUAUAGUAUUGGUGUUACACCAUUAUUGAAAUCUCAAACUUCAAUAGACCAAUAUGAAAUCCCAGAAGAGAAAUUAAAAUUACCAUUAUCAAGAUCAAUGAAUAAUAAUAGUAAUAGAAGUGCUGUUGUUUUAGAUAUCGGUAGACAUAGAUCAACUACUACCAAUACCACUAGUACUACAGCAAAUAGAGUUCGUUCUAAAUCAGUUUUAUCAACCCAAAAUUUAAAAGAAAAAAUUGAAAUUAUUAAAAAUCAAAAUUUAAAUCCAUUGGAGGAGGAAAUGCAAAUAUUGGAAAUUGAACUUACAAAUAGAAUUGCAACAAUGACCAAUUUGUUGUCAGAGUCAAGAAGUGAAAGAUGGAAUGAUGAUUUGAAUGAUAAUUAUGAUAAAUUAAUAUCAAUGUUUGAAAUGACAUUAAAACAAUUAAUUUCAAUUAAAUCAUCAAUUGAAAAUGGUUUUAAUCAAAAUUCAAUCGAUGAAUUAAUUCAACCAUUAAUUCCAUUCAUUCAAUGUUUAAUUGAAGAAGUUUACUUACAAAUGGGAAUUAUGAUUGAAAUAUUAAAAAAUCAAAAUUUUAAUAUAAAUGAUAAUGAUUCAAUAUUUAAAGUAUUAUUAAAAUCAUUUGAUGAAACUCAAGAAUUGGUUGAUAGAGUUAAAGGUGCAUUUAAACAAGUUGUAAAAGAAUACCAAGAAACUAAUAUUCAAUUAUUAUCAAAUGAUGAUCUCACUAAAGCUCAUUUCUUUGUUCAUGGUAUUCUAUCAUUUUCAUUACAACAACGUCAAUUUGCUGAUAUCUUAAUCAAUGUUAAAAAACAACAACAUUCAUAUUCAGUAAGAUGGGAAUUAAUUAGAUAUGGUUUAUUAAUGGUAUUAUUUGGUUUCCCUUUAAUGAUAAUUAAAAGAUGCAAAUUUAUUAAAAAUAAAUUAUUUGGUAGUGGUGGCAGUACUAAUGGUAGCAGCAGCAGUGGUGGCAGUACUAGUGGUGAAAUUAAAAAAGAUAAUAAUUUAAUUUUAAUUUUUAAAUGGAUUCAUUUUAAUUAUUUUAAAGAUGAUAAAUGGAGGUUUCCAUUACAAAUGUCAAUUUCUUUAACAAGUGGUACAAUUCCAUUCUUUUUUGUUGGUGAUGGUGUUUCUGAUAGUUCUGGUAUGUUUGUUACAUUUGGUGUUUGGACAGUAACAACAAUAGUUUUUAUCAUUGGACCCAGUGUCGGUGCAUCAAUUACUCAAGGAUUUAGAGAGAGUAGAGGUACAUUGGGAGGUGCAAUAGUUGGUUUCGCAGUAUCAUUACUAUGUAGUCAUAUCCCAACACCAUAUAAAGAAAUUGUAAUAAUUGUAUUUGUUUUCAUUUUCACUUUCUUUAUUUCAUAUCCACAUCAAAAUAAAAUUCAUUCCCAAUCUGCUGAAAUUUGUGAAUUAACUUUUCUAUUAGUACUUUUAGGUCAAAAUCUAUCCCAUGAUUUUGAUUACAUGUUUGCUGUAUUAAGAACUGUUCAUAUCAUAUUUGGUGUAAUCUGGAAUGCUUUAAUCUGUUUAAUUGUAUUCCCAUUCUUUUCAUACAAAAACACAAGAAUUAAAAUAUUCCAAAUUACAAAUUCUCUAUCAGAUACCUUUAUCAAUAUUAUCAUUAAUGGUUUAAGAAUGAAUGAACAAAUUAAUCACAACCACAACCAACAUGGUGAUAAUCAAGAUAAGAAUAAUAUUAAAAAUAUUUUAAUUAAUUAUGAUAAAAACUUCAACAAUAACAAUAAUAAUAAUUAUUUCGAUAAUAUUAAUAAUAUUAUUAAAUUACAAAUUGGUACACUUGAAUCAGUUAAAUAUUUAAGAGAGAAUAUGAAAAAAGAAAUUUAUGAAUCAUUAAAGGAGAUUAGAAUUGGCAUUGAUGGAAUUAGAGAUUCUUUAUCAAGUGUUGAAUCUGAAUUAUAUUUCGUAUCACCUUCAAAAACUGUUAAAUAUUAUUCAUUAACUGAAAAUUUAAUUAAUUGUUCAACUAGAUUAAUUUCCUUAGAAAAUUCAUUUGAUCCAAUUUUUAUAGAUUUAAUUAUUUUAUCAAUGUUUAAUUUAAAUCGACCAUUAAAUGAUUUAUUUCAACAAUUGAUUUCAUCAAAAUCUGAUAUUAAAUUAUUAAUGGCUGGUAAAUUUAAAUCAUCAUCUAAUGGUGAUGAUAUAUUUAAACAUUGUCAAUUAAUUAAUGAAAAGUGGGAUUUAGUUAAACAAGAAUUUAAAUCAAUAAGAUUAUUCCUUUUAAAGGAAGGAUUGUUCCAUAUCCUUCAUCCUCAUCAAAUUCAAUUUGGUUCUGGUAUUCAUUCGAUUGAAUUAUUCAUUCAAUCAUUCAUUCUUUUAUUUGAAGAUUUACGUUCAAUUAAAGAUGAAACAAGUUAUUUAAAACAAUUUUUAAAAUUAAAAUGA